AUGGUUCCUCCCCCACUACCACCAUCAAACCACCAAGCUAUCCAACAAUUCCUCUCCUCUGUCCUCUCUCAACGCGGCCCUUCCGCCCUUCCUUACACCGAAGACACCAAAUGGCUCAUUCGUCAACACCUCGUUUCCCUCAUCUCAGCUUUCCCUUCUCUCGAACCCAAAACAGCUACCUUCACUCACAACGAUGGCCGCACCGUCAAUCUUCUCCAAGCAGACGGCACCGUUCCAAUCACUUUCGAUUCCGUCACUUAUAACAUCCCCGUUAUCAUCUGGCUUAUCGAAUCUUACCCUCGUCACCCUCCUUGUGUUUACGUGAAUCCCACGCGCGAUAUGAUCAUCAAAAGAUCUCAUUCUUUUGUUAAUCCAUCAGGUCUCGUUUCGGUCCCUUACUUGCAGAAUUGGAUCUACCCGAGUUCUAAUUUGGUUGAUUUGGCUCGGGAAUUGAGCUUGAUUUUUGGGAGGGAUCCUCCUUUGUUUUCUCAACGUCCUCGCCCUAGCCCUAGCCCGAGCCCUAGCCCUAGCUCUAUCACUAAUCCCAGUUAUCAUCCGAAUCUAUCGAGUUUGACGAAUUCGUCGAGUUUUGGAUCAGUAGGUUCCACGGGAGGGAGUGGGUAUCCGAGACCGAUUAGGCCACCACAGUAUCCACCACCGUCUCCGUACGGUGGUGGGGUUGGUGUGGUGGGGAAGGUGGGGACGGAUGAUGCGGCGGAGGUUUAUAAAAGGAACGUGAUUAAUAAGCUUGUCGAGAAUGUUCAUGGGGAUAUGUUGCAGUUGAGGAAAACGAGGGAGGCGGAGAUGGAAAGCUUGUUUACCGCUCAAGCUGUGUUGAGGAGGAGAGAGGAGGAUGUUAAUAAAGGGUUAAAAGAAUUGAGAGAUGGAAUGGAAGUGUUGGAGUCGCAAUUGCAAGUUGUUUUGAUGAAUACUGAUGUUUUGGAAGCAUGGGUUAGGCAAAAUGAGGGGAAGGUGAAAGGGGUUACGAAGGAUAUUGAUGUGGAUAAUGCUUUUGAGUGUGUGGAUGUUUUGUCACAGCAGAUGUUGGAGUGUACGUCAGUGGAUAUGGCGAUUGAGGAUGUGGUUUAUUCGUUGGACAAAGCGGUGCAAGAAGGGGCAAUGCCAUUUGAUCAAUAUUUGAGGAAUGUGAGGUUGUUGUCUAGAGAGCAGUUUUUUAACAGAGCUACUGCAGCGAAAGUUAGGGCUGCACAAAUGCAGGCUCAGGUUGCUAGUAUGGCUGCUAGGGCACCUCAUUAUGCUGCCUGA